GGCGGCGCCUGGCAGAGGCUGCCCCCAGGUGGGGCGGCCGCUCCUGGAGUCUGCCUGGCCCCCCGACGUGCGCCGCGGCCAGCGCCCGCUAGAGGCGUCUUCCUGCCCGCGCGCGCUGCUGUGCGCCCUGUGGACACAGCCAAGCCAACAUGGGGGAGCCGGAGGAGGGGGGCGGCGGCGGCGGCGGGGGGCUGCGGCGGGGCUCGCUGGCGCUGCUCACCGACCUGUACCAGUUCACCAUGGCUUACGGCUACUGGCGCGGCGGGCGGCACCGCGAGCCGGCCCACUUCGAGCUCUUCUUCCGCCGCUGCCCCUUCCAGGGCGCCUUCGCCCACUGCGCCGGCCUCGGCGAGUGCCUGGCCUUCCUGCGCGCCUUCCGCUUCUCCCCGGCAGACAUUGAAUAUCUUGAGUCAGUUCUUCCUGUUACUACAGAUAAAGCAUUCUUUGAUUACUUGCUCACUGUGGAUGCAUCCGAAGUUUCUGUCUCGUCUGUGCCUGAGGGCUCCGUUGUCUUCUCCAAGGUACCGUUAUUCCAAGUGAAGGGUCCUUUGCUAGUGGUACAACUUCUAGAGACUACCCUGCUGUGUUUGGUGAACUAUGCCAGCCUUGUAGCUACCAAUGCGGCCAGGUUCCGGCUUGCUGCAGGCCCACACAAGAAACUCAUGGAGAUGGGGCUGCGCCGGGCCCAGGGCCCGGAUGGGGGCCUCUCUGCAUCCAGGUAUUCGUAUAUGGGAGGUUUUGAUUUUACCAGCAAUGUCCUAGCUGGGAAACUCUACGGGAUUCCAUUGCGGGGAACUGUGGCUCAUUCCUAUGUGUCUUCCUUCACCUCGCUGGCUGAGGUGAACCCACGGAGCCUGCUACCCCUGGGUAGCAAGGAGGAGCCCGUGGAUUUUCUGUCUCUCGUGGAGACCUGGCUGAGCCAGGUGUGCCAGUUACUCCAUGUCCCACUGGAUCAGGUGAACUAUGGAGAACUUGCAGCCUUUGUCUCCUACGCCAUCACUUUCCCACACAACUUCCAGGGGUUGGUGGACACCUACUGCGUCAUGAAGAGUGGCAUCCCAAACUUCUGUGCCGUAGCCCUUGCCCUGAACGAGCUGGGAUACCGAGCCAUCGGAGUCCGUCUGGACAGUGGGGACCUGGCCAAGCAGUCGGUGGAGAUCAGGUGCUUGUUCCGGACCUGCAGCAGGCACUUCCAGGUCCCCUGGUUUGAAACAGUUCCCAUUGCUGUCAGCAAUGAUGUGAGCGAGUUGAGCCUCAAGGAACUGACUCAGGAGGGAAAUGAAAUUGACAUGAUUGGCGUUGGAACUCACCUGGUGACCUGCCCCCUUCAGCCAUCUCUGGGCUGUGUCUACAAGCUGGUUGAAGUGAAUGGCUGCCCAAGACUGAAGGUGACUGAAGACAAGGAGAAGGCAACCAUACCAGGAAGCAAGGUGGUCUACAGGCUCUGGGAUGCUGCUGGAUUCCCAUGUAUGGACCUCCUGGCUUUGGAGGAAGAGUCUCCCCCAAGGGCUGGCCAGGAGGUGGAGUUCUGGCCACUAGGAGGAGCCGAGGGAGCCGGAAAAGUGACUCCUGCAGCAGUGGAAAUCCUGCACCGUGUGUAUCUGAAAAAUGGACAGGUUUGCCAGCCACUCCCCAGCCUCCUGGAGAUCAGGAACCACGCCUUGGCCUCCUUGAGCAAGCUGAACCCUGCCCAUAAGAGGCUGCAGGAACCAGAGGCCUAUCAGGUUGCCAUGACAGAAAAGCUCCACAUACUCCUUACUGCCCUCCAAAGAGACAGCCAGUGAACCACCCAGACACCUUCCCUGCUAGGAGUCGACAAGCAGGCUGUGCACAUCAUCCUUCCUGCAGCUACAACCUGUACAAAUGCAGCACCGUGAUGUGCCUUCUCCUAUUUCUUCAAGAACUUGUGUCUCUCUCUCUUUUUUUAAUGUGUGUGUGGGGAUGCCCCACACGUAGGGUCCUGCUAGCACUUCACGUGGCCUGGCAAACACUGGGCUUGUGUAGCUGCACAGAAGAGAGCGUCUGGUGAAUGAGGAUUUGCCUCUGCCAGUUUCUAGAGAUUUUGCAUUGUAGGCCCUGCAGACCAGGCCAGGUCAGUGGUGGCCUUUGCUAAAACUGUGGCCGGCACAGACAGUGGAAUGUAUAACCACCUUCUCCUCAGCUGUCUGUGGCUUCUGGGAGAAGAUGUGGGUAGUCAGAAAUCAGAGGGCAACAUGAGAUUGUGAUCAGGAGCAGUAAAACUUGACGACCAUAACACGAACAAGCCAGAGGUUGGGUGCCUUUGCUGCCUAUGUCAAUGGACUGGAUUGUAUUUAUGCUCCCUUGGUUGGCGGGGUUUUUUAACCAAGUUGCACAUGCUGUUAGGUAGCGAAGAAUGUUGCGGAGACCAACAGCUUUUAAAUACACUGAGGUGAUUCUAAUACUAUGCAAACAAACAAAUAUAUUGUGCUGCUGCUUA